CGCAGCCACUUGCUCCUUAGCAAGAGUACGGAGACGCUGGUCAGUGGGGGUGCCCGCCCCCGUCCACGCCCCCGGGCCAGCCUGAGAGCCGGCUGACGGAUCGACCAUGUGAGCCCUCCCCCUUGGAGGCCGCCAGCUUCGGGGCGGAGGGGAGGGUUUAUUUGGCGGCGGCGCCGUCGGCGAGGGCAGUACACGCGCCAGGGGAGGCCGGCACAGGCCCGACCCGCGGGGACAGGAGCGCGUCUCUCGCGCCGUCUGCCCGUGGUGUUGCCUGUCGAGCCGCUGCGCCUGGCUCGUCCCGCGCAGACAUGCAUCAGCAGCGGCCAGUCGUCCCCCGGGGCCGUGCCUCUGCGCGGGGGCUCUGAGCGCCGGCUGCGCGGCCCCCAUGAGCGCGCGCGGGCGCACCUGCGUGCAGGGCUGAGCCGCAGCGGAGGUCGGAGCCGCCGGCCGCCAUGCGCUGGGCCUGGGCUGUGGCCGUGGCCUUCCUCUGGCCGCACCUCGUGCUCCUCGGGGCCGUCGGGGCCCGGCGGGAGCCCAAAAGGCCGCGGCAGCCGGGCCAGCGCACCGAGUCCCCCAACGCCACAGUGGCCAACAGCGAGGGCCUGUCUGGCUCCCCCAAGCCGCCCGAGGCCUCAGGACCCGAGUUCUCAGGUGCCCACAUGACAUGGCUGAACUUUGUCCGGAGACCGGAUGACGGGGCCGUGAAGAAGAGGUGCCGAGGCCGGGACAAGAAGUUGCGAGGCCUCUCCGGCCCCCCAGGGCCCCCAGGCCCUCCUGGCCCCCCAGGACCCCCUGGUGCGGAAGUCACCCAGGAGGCCCUGCUUCGGCAGUUUCAGGAGGUGCUGAGAGAGGCCACUGAGCGUCGGUUCUCAGGGCCGCAGAGCCCGUUGCUGCCUGAGGGGACAGGUGGGCGGCUGGUGGCUGAAGCCUUCCACUGCCGUCUGAAGGGCCCAGUGCUAGUGGACAAGAAGACACUGGUGGAGCUACAGGGCUUCCAGGCACCCACUGCCCAGGGCGCCUUCCUGCGGGGGUCUGGCCUGAGCCUGGCUUCGGGCCGAUUCACAGCCCCAGUGACCGCCAUCUUCCACUUCUCAGCCAGCCUGCACGUGGCCACUAUGGGGCCUGUCUCGGGCACUGUGCCUGAAGCCCCCUGCCCCACCCCGCUUCUGCUCCAUCCUUCCCGAGGCUGCUGCAGCUCCUUGUCCCUACAGACCGCAGGGUACUGCAGGGCAGGUCCCGGCCACGCGCCCGGGACACAGUGCGGCUGCUUGUCUGCAUUGAGUCCCUGUGCCAUCGCCACACGUCCCUGGAGACCAUCUCCGACCUGGACGGCAGUGGCAGGGUCUUCACGGUGUCCGUGCAGGGGCUGCUACAGCUGCAGGCUGGGCAGUAUGCCUCCGUCUUCGUGGACAAUGGCUCUGGGGCAGCCCUCACCAUCCAGAGCGGCUCCAGCUUCUCCGGCCUGCUCCUGGGCACGUGAGGGCACCGAGGGGGCCGAGAGGAGCUACGAUGAAGACCCUCUGAGGGCCUCGGGGACCUGCCCUCCUCCAAACCUGUGGUCACAGCAAUAAAGCCCCUAGCCCUCCCUGU